AAAUAAAAAACGUUAUCCAAGGAAUUGAAGCAAAAGAGCGCACUCUAGGAAACACACAGCAAAGAAGAGAGAGAAAAUAGCAAAAAUGGCAGGAACAAUUGGGUGUGGAAUGAGGGCGGUGGUUUUAGAGGGGAAGAAAUCGUCGUUUUUUGGUGGUUUUCCGGUGAAUACUCCGUCGACGGCGGUGUGUUUUCCGGUCGGAAUCAGCCGGAAAUUAGGAGGAAUUUCGGCGUGUGCUACGACUCCGUCAACAACAAGGAAGCCGAGAGGAAUAAUGAAGCCAAGACCAAUUACUCCUGCUCUUCAAGAAUUUGUGGGUGCUCCGGAAAUUUCUAGAACUCAAGCUCUUAAGGUUAUCUGGGCACACAUCAAAGCCAAUAAUCUUCAGGAUCCCAAUGACAAGAAAGUCAUCAUAUGUGAUGAGAAGCUGAAGAAAAUAUUUGCUGGAAAGGAACGUGUGGGAUUCCUCGAGAUCUCAGGAUUGAUCACUCCACACUUGCUGUAGCUUUUCAAUUCUAUUCAGCAAGGAAUCGUCACUGAGGCAGCUAUGUACUUAGCAUUUAGUUUUUAGUAUUUUGUAGAAAGUUGAGCUGCAGAGCUUUGCAUUAGAUGUGCCCUUUUUGCUGCUUUUGGGUUUUUAGCGUUUUUUGCUAAGUUUUGACUUGCAACUCAGUGUAUUCGCUACUCCAGGUGUUUGUUUCUUUUUCAGACUACGAUCAAGGGAUUUAGGUAUUUGGAAGAUAAUUAGAUGUUCAAGCCUUUUCUGUUCAAAUCCAGGGACAUCAUAUUAUUUUGAAAUGAUCAAGAUUAUUAGUCUAGUACAGUAUUCUCUUAA